GUUAAAAUUUUUUUUUCCUUAUUAUAAAAUAAUAAUAUGAUCAAUAAUGAAAAGGGGCAUCUUAAAUUAUUACUCUCUCAUGUAAAUUGGUAUGAUGUUUCAAGUAAUCAGGAACUAUCAGAAAAUUUAAUCAGAGAAUUCAAAGACAAAGUAUAUUGGUUUGCAAUUUCAGUUCAUCAAAAACUGUCAGAAGAUUUCAUUAGGGAAUUCAAAGACAAAGUAUAUUGGUUUGCAAUUUCAGUUCAUCAAAAACUGUCAGAAGAUUUCAUUAGGGAAUUCAAAGACAAAGUAAAUUGGGAAGAAAUUUCACGUUAUCAAAAACUAUCAGAAAAUUUCAUAAGGGAAUUCAAAGGCAAAGUAAAUUGGGAAGAAAUUUCACGUUAUCAAAAACUAUCAGAAGAUUUCAUCAUGGAAUUUAAAGAUUGUGUAAAUUGGCAUUGGAUUUCAGGUCAUCAAAAACUGUCUGAACAUUUCAUUAGAGAAUUCAAAGAUCAAGUAAAUUGGCAUUGGAUUUCAUGCCAUCAAAAACUGGCUGAAGAUUUCAUUAAAGAAUUUAAAGACCAAGUAUGCUGGGAAUGUAUUUCAUGGAGUCAAAAACUGUCUGAACAUUUCAUUUGUAGCAUAGGUCAUGUUAAUUUGCCUGAAUUUAUUUGGGUAGAUUAACCUAUCUACAUAUUGUUCAAUGAUUAUGGGCUUAAGUGAUGAGAGUGGGGAAAAGUUGAACUUAUGGACGUUAGGUAAGUCCUACCUAACGUAGUAGGUAAUAAUAAUAAUUCGAAUGUUGAUUAGUACGUACGUUUUGAAGUGUUACGCGAUCGCGUUGUAAUUAAUCCUUUUUCUUUUUAUGUUUUUAUUUUUCUAAUGAUGUUUCGAGUAAGAAUAAAAUGAAUUAGUUUCGAGUGUUAAAUUUGUUUGAAUUUUCGAUAAUGAUUUCGUGUUUUAAUUCGAUUGAAUCGGUUUUAAUUAUGGAAGAGUAGACCUGUGUCACGUAAGCCAGUAAUGGCGGUGCUUAGGCACACGCCUAGAUAAUGGUGUGAAUUUAGGGAAAAUUCUUCUUAGAUAGGGCUACUAUAUAGUCAUGGAAAUUGACUCCGUCUUAGUUUAUUAAAUCAAAAUUGUCAAGGUAAUGUCAGGUUUAGAAACUAAUAAUUAAAUAUAUCAGGUAUGAUAUUUUAUUAGCUCUUAGAAAUUUAGAUAAUCGAGUAAGCGAUUCAAAUUUUUAAUGUGUCUAACAUCGUAAUUAUUCCUAUGAAUAAUAUUUUAUAAUCGAAUAAAUACUUAUCACCUAAAAGAGGUUACGAUCUCACCUUAUGCUUUUGGAACUUUGAUAGGUAUUUACCUAUUUGUAUAUAGUCCCUUUAUCUAAUCUUUUUCGAUGAUAGGAAAUAAAUUACUCUCUUGUUUAGACAUUUUAAUUAUCUGGAGUAUAGGCAGGUUCCUUUAUGUUAAAUUCCUGUAGAAUUACCCACUUAUCCUAUUUAGUUAUACCAGUCUAACUCCUUACCUACCUAUUUGGACACGCCAAGCUUUCCCCAAAAAAUGAUUCCUUAUUAAAAUUAUUUAAUCCUAUACCACAGAUAAUUAAAAUUGGCGCCCAACGUGGGGCUAAAGUUUGUGUCAAUUUAAGUAGGUAAGACCUACCCAAAAAAUUACCAUUUUUGAAAAUUUGUGUCAAAAUUGAAAUUCGAGAAAUUUCGAAUAAUUUGAAUUUUUUAUUGAGUAAAAUAAUGAGAAGAAUUUAUUUCCAUGGCCAUAAGUAAUCUUAUUUCAUUUGUGAGCCUUCUGUCUCCAGUUGAAACUGGAUAGAAAAAUUUCCGCCUGUAACCAUGUAUCGAGUAGGUAGAUACAUGGGUUACGUAGAUUCGUGUUAAGAAGGUUUUUUCUAGCAAGCACACUGUCAAUUGUACCUACUUACGAGCAUGAAAAUGCGUAAACGAAAUAAAUGUACUUGUCUAGGUAAAGGUAUAAUGUAUCGAACAAAAUUGCAUCUCAAAAGACCUUGAAAUAUGUGUAAAUAUGUUUGUGUUAGUAGAUAAUUAGGCCAACUAAAUUCUCUCCUCCCCCCAAACGUUUUCGAUUGCUUUCGAGCAUUCGAGUACAAACUAGCUAUAAGAUUAUAAGAAGUACAGUUUGAGUUGAAAAAAAAAAUAUGAAAAAAGAUAAAAAUAGCUUCGAGUGAUCGAAUAGAAAAAGAGUUCCUAGAAAAACCAAACUGCUAGAGUAUCUAUUGUAUUCGUGUACUGCGCAUAUCCUUAUCAGAACUUGUUCACGUUGUGUUCUGCUGCGUAGGUUAAGGCAACAGUAUUGUAAUAUCUUUCGUUGCGUAUGUUUCUGUGUUUCGAAUGCUUUUAGUGCGAAUUUUUACUUUUCCUUUUUGAGUAAUUAGUUAAUGAAUUUGUUCGAUUAUUUCUUGUAAUUGUUUCAAGCUCUAAUUUAUAAAGCUUUCGAGUGUGAAGUGCGUAAGAAAGAGUGUCGGCCUGUAUUCGAGUUCCUGGUUAUUGUUCCAGUCAUUUUACUCUGUUUAUUCGUUUGGCAUAUAAAAUGGACGCUCCGAAGAUCCACAAUAAUCGAUUCUACUCCAAGUGUAGCGACUGUCACGUUCACUUCAUCAAGAACGAAUUUAUUCCCGACGAUCGAGUGUUUAUGUGUACCCCUCAGUCUGCAGAAUUGGAUAUUAUCGUCGAGCGAAAAGACCAGAAAUUAUUUCCUUUUAUUGGAUUCAACUACGAAUGCCCAAUCCGUCAUCGAAUUAACGUUCAAGUCGAGUCAUUGAGUUUUUCGGAAGCUUUGAAAAAAGCUGCGUUCGAGUUUUUGCUCAAUAAAGUCCGUUUAUACGUUAACGAAUUUCUGACGUUGACUUUUGGCUGCGACUAUUUACUCGAUGAAUUUAAGCCAACCACAUUCGACCGUUCGCUGAUUCGUUCCUUCUCAACUUUCAUACCUAAUGAAUUGUUGAUCAUACCGAAUAUGGACGAAUUUAUCUCCUGCGCAUUCAACGAUUUACCAAUUUCUAUCAGACCCGAGAAUCCAGAUGUUCCUUCGAAUUCGAAUUCUGAGUCAUCGAGCAUCGAAAAUCAGUUGAAGUCAUCUUUAAAGAAAUCAAAAUCGAAGACGGAUGACGAUGUCCAAUUUGGAAAAAAGAAACCAGCUGCGAAAACACCGGCGGUAGACUCGAAUGUAAAAAAGAACGUUUCUUUUGGUUCGAAUAUGAAUCUUUCGUUGAAUUCAGGCGCUUCGACUUCCAAACAAUCUCUCGCUUCUCCGGACACGUCGGUACCAAAUGCGAAAAAAUCUGCCACCAUCGAACCUCGAUUUAAGCCGAUUCCUCCUAACGCCAUUCAAGUCGCUCCGGAAUAUUUGAUCGACGAAGAUAGAAUUCCAAUUAAUCGUAUUCACGCCUUCAUCCCAUACCAUUACGAAGGAGAAUCUUUAAGAAUAAAUUUCGAUUGUCCGGUGAGCGCUUUUCAAAAUCUAUAUAUCGAAAUUUGGCGCGGUUUAAACAGAGGCAUAUACCAACAAUUCCAAAUCAUUGAGCCGAUGAUCGAAAGUUACAACCGACCUCAAACCUACGAAAUACCGAGAAUCGAGACAGAGGCUAAUGCGUGGAAAAACCACUUGAACCUCGUGAGAAACACAUUUGAAAACGAUUCUCAUGACGCUCGAUAUUUGUAUGGACCGAUUUGGACUUACAUAAGUUUACGAGAUGCUUUAGCAUGGCCAUUUACCAUCUUGGGCAAAGUGCGAAAUCAACCGAUCGAAGUAAUUUACGAUUCCCGGUUACAGCAUUCUCUCGUGUCGAAUUCGGUGGUCAGUUACUUGACUUGGUCGAAUCCAGGGUUGAUUGCAAAGCAAGCACUCGAAGCAGAGACGGUGAUUUAUAUUCCUUGGCGCGACGAUUUUCGAGUAAAAAGUAACUUUUCAGUAUACUUCCCGAUCACUCUCAACCCUGGAAUGCCAGGAUACGAAAAUGACGAGCAUAUCGUCAACUGCUACGUUACUGAACUUCAACCUUAUCGAAUUUCUGGUGAAGUUAAAGGCACCAUAAUUCUCGGACGGAAUUUUACUUCGAAUAUUAUCAAAUACGAUGACAAUAAGGUCGAAUUUACGCUCAAAGGUACGCGAACAAAUCCUACUCCUCGAAUAGUCCGUUGCAAGAAGAUGUUGCCAUUGAUUCGAGUAGAUGGCAUCUUAAACACCCUUCGAAUAAUGUCACCCGAUCAACUUCGAGCGGAAUUCGAACACAUACUCCUCUACAUUCGAGCGAAAAAGACGAAGGAUGGAGUGGACGACGGUUGCUACGAUGGUAAAUAGGUUUUGUUCCUUUUUCGAGUUUGUAUAAUGUUAUUGUUUCUUUUUCGAGUAUUUUUUGUAUUUUUUCUUUUUGUUUUUCUACCGAUUUUGACUACGUACCCGAUUAUGACGUUUUUUCUCGAUUGUGACCUUUUUUGUAUUUGUAAUUUUUGUUUAAAUCAGCAGCUGUGAUUUAUGAUAUUUUUAUUUUAUAAUUGUCGAGUUUUUUAUCUUUAAAUUUUUAUCAAAUUUUUGUACUUGUCUUUCGAAGAUAUUUUUAAUUUGAAAAUUUUCCAAAGUACAACUUUUUCCCAAUCUCCUCACUUCAGUUUGCCAGGGGAGAAUUUUAUGUAGCAUAGGUCAUGUUAAUUUGCCUGAAUUUAUUUGGGUAGAUUAACCUAUCUACAUAUUGUUCAAUGAUUAUGGGCUUAAGUGAUGAGAGUGGGGAAAAGUUGAACUUAUGGACGUUAGGUAAGUCCUACCUAACGUAGUAGGUAAUAAUAAUAAUUCGAAUGUUGAUUAGUACGUACGUUUUGAAGUGUUACGCGAUCGCGUUGUAAUUAAUCCUUUUUCUUUUUAUGUUUUUAUUUUUCUAAUGAUGUUUCGAGUAAGAAUAAAAUGAAUUAGUUUCGAGUGUUAAA